UCGCAAAAUCGCCCACUGACGAUAUAAAACCAUGAUCAAAUAUAUUACAGAUACAGUUAGCACUUAGCUUCACAAUAAGUGCGCUUAAAACAAACCACAAAGAUAGACAUCUGUACUCUCGCGUUAUUCCCUGACAGCCUCUUUGACAGGCAAAUUUGUCUGCUCUCAUCACAACAUCAUCAGUAGGGCGUUUCAAGCAACGAUUAGAAACAGUGGCUGACUACUUUAUCUUGGAAUCGAGCAAGAUUAAACGGGACAACAGUUCAGUUCAUUUUUCGGGCAGAUGACAUGACAUUUUGAUUUGGUAAAAAUGAACAAACCCAAAAUGGCCACAGAGAAAGGUGUUCCCAGUAACUCCAGGGUGCUGAUGCUCCUGGCCCAACUGGAGAGGAUGAAUGGGGAGGCCAUGAUGAGGGAUGUUGAAAUGGCAAGACAGGUUACGACAAAGAUCCUUCAUCUCAUACAGACGCAGGAGAAGAGCGGGAAAGAGGUCAUGUCCAAAGGUUCCAGUGGAAUGGAGGUCAUCUUGGCUUCACUGGAGAGCUCCAGGGAUGUCCAGACUUCCCUCAACAUAUUGUAUAUCCUUAUUGAGCUUCUGACUGUGGGCAGAGGCCGCAGAGUGGGAGUGUUUGUGUCUAAAGGAGGAACAGGAAUAUUAUUCCAGGUCUUAAUCUUUGCCAGUAAAGAGCUGCCUCCCAGUGAAGAACUCAUGCUGCAACUUCAUUCGCUGCUGGCCAAGGUUGGCCUGAAAGACAGAAAGUUUGGAGUGAAGGCACGUUUGAGUGGAGCUCUGAAUGUCACCACCAACCUUAUGAAACAGAAUCUACAGAAUACCAAACUCCUUCUGCCCUGCCUGCAGGUUCUCAGGAUUUACUCUGCCAACUCUGUGAAUGCCAUUUCAUUGGGCAAGAAUGGAGUGGUAGAACUUAUGUUCAAGAUUAUCGGACCAUACAGCAAGAAGAACACCAGCCUGUAUAAGGUAGCUCUGGACGCACUGGGAGCUCUGCUCAAAUCCAAAACUAAUGCUCGUCGUGCAGUGGAUGGGGGCCAUGUGACCGUCUUGCUUGCUCUGUAUCUGGAUUGGCAUCGCAAUGACUCGCGCCAUCGUCAUAUGCUGAUUCGUAAAGGUCUGCUGGUCUGCCUUAGGAACAUUACUAACAUCAAACUUGGUAGGAAGGCAUUCCUAGAGGCUGAUGGCAUGAGGAUCCUCUACAACUCAUCCACUGAAUGUCUCCCUGUACGAACUUUGGAUCCUCUGGUCAACACUUCAAGUCUCAUCAUGAGAAAAUGUUUUCCUAAGAACCGCAUGCCUCUGCCUACCAUCAAGUCAGCUUUCCACUACCAGCUGCCUCAUGUACCUGCUGGAGGGCCUGUGGCCCACCUGUACAACCAGCCUCCUGGAGUGGAUGAUGUGGUGGAUGAAAGCGACGAUAAUGAAGAGGCAGAUACAGAUACUGAGAAUGACGAAGACGAAAAGGAUCAGGGCAUUCUGAAUGAUGACAUAGAAACGGACCUUAACAAGCUACAUCCCAAAAGGAGCCUUAGCCGAACGUACGAGGAGUUGAAAGUCUACAGGAGAUUCUUCUUAGAGUUAUCUGAAGACUUUCAGGGGUAUAACUUUGACUGUUCAAAGACUACCUCUACCACAUCUUCAUCAACACCCUUCUCCUCAUUAUCAGCAUCAACUCAAUCCUCUCGGCCAAUCGUAGUGCCCACAGCUGCAGCCCUGUCCCCAAAACCUAUCCCCAUACCAACCUCUCAGGAGGGUUACAACUCUAUUAAAGGACAUUGCACUCAACCAUCUCCCUCUGCCCCCACCCCUACCCACACUGCUCCCCUAACACCCCUAGAGCUGGACACAAUCCACCUCAGCAAGGACAAAGAUAAAAAACAGGAUGUCAACGUUGCUACUCCAGAUGGACACAGCAACUUGUCCUCUUUCAGCAGAUCUCUGCCUCACGGGCAGAUGAUAGAACAGGAGCUAAUGCAUCCAUUGGAGUGUGUUUCUCUGAAGGACAGCAGGGACCUGAACGCAGAAGAAGGAUCAGAGGGUGUCAAACAAGAAGAAUCUCCAGUCAACACUACUCGGCACAUACAUUCCCCUUUACUCUUGGGGGGUAUCCCUUCACGCCGUGUGGGAGGAGGAGGCAGUAACUUGGGUUCAGACUGUGGCUCGGAGGGUGCCGAGGAUGAAGGGGGAGAAGGUGCCGUUCUGGAGGUGCCAGACACAGCCCUCCUCCUCCCACUGCAUGACCCUGACCUUUAUGUGGAGAUGGUGAAGGGGACACGCUCUGUUCCACAGUACGCUGAAGUGGCCUAUCCAGAUUACUUUGGCCAUGUGGCACCAACAUUCAAAGAACCUCUUCUGGAGAGACUUUAUGGGGUACAAAGGUCCAAGAUAUUCCAGGACAUUGAGAGGUUGAUUCAUCCUAAUGAUAUCCUUGAUAAAGUAGUUUAUGACUUGGACAUUUCCAGUAAUCCCUUGAUUGAAGACAAUGGUGAAUCUCUGAGGUUCAACUCUCAGUUUGAGUCCGGCAACCUCAGGAAGGCAAUUCAAGUUAGGAAACAUGAAUAUGACCUUGUGCUAAAUUCAGAUAUAAACAGCAAUCACUACCAUCAGUGGUUUUACUUUGAGGUGAGCGGCAUGCGUGUUGGGACUACCUACCGCUUUAACAUCAUCAACUGUGAGAAGUCAAACAGCCAGUUUAAUUAUGGGAUGCAGGUGCUGAUGUACUCUGUGCAGGAGGCCAUCAGUGGCAGGCCUUGCUGGGUUAGAACUGGAACAGACAUCUGCUACUAUAAGAAUCACUUUGCAAGGAGUUCCAUUGCAGCUGGUGGACAAAAAGGAAAGUCCUAUUAUACACUGACUUUCAGCUCUAGCUUCAGCCACAAGGAUGAUGUCUGCUACUUUGCCUAUCAUUACCCAUAUACAUUCUCAACACUUAAGAUGCACCUUUCCAAACUAGAGGAUUUGAGGACCCCUCAGAUCUACCUGAGGGAGGACGUACUGUGUGAAACCCUUGGUGGGAACAGCUGCCCUCUUCUUACCAUCACUGCCAUGCCUGAGUCCAACUCCAAUGAUCACAUCUGUCAGUUUAGGAAUCGUCCAUUGAUCUUCUUGUCAGCCAGAGUGCACCCUGGAGAGACUAAUGCCAGCUGGGUAAUGAAGGGCACGCUGGAAUUUCUGAUGGGUACCAGCCCACUGGCAGUCAGCCUGAGAGAGGCCUUCAUCUUCAAGAUAGUUCCCAUGCUCAACCCUGAUGGAGUUGUAAAUGGAAAUCAUCGUUGUUCUCUGAGUGGAGAGGAUUUGAAUCGCCAGUGGCAGAACCCCAAUCCUGAGCUCCACCCCACCAUCUACCAUACUAAGAGCCUGCUGCAGUAUCUUGUACACAUACAAAAGGCACCACUGGUGUUCUGUGAUUACCACGGCCAUUCCAGGAAAAAGAACGUGUUCAUGUAUGGCUGCAGCGUGAAGGAGACAGUCUGGCAGACUGAUAUCACUGCAUCUUCAAGCGACUUACAGGAGGACCUUGGAUACAGGACGCUUCCUAAGAUCCUGUCCCAGAUUGCUCCAGCCUUCAGCAUGGCUAGUUGCAGCUUUGUUGUGGAGCGCUCCAAAGAAGCAACUGCCCGUGUUGUUGUAUGGAGAGAGAUUGGAGUGCAGCGCAGCUAUACUAUGGAGAGUACACUCUGUGGCUGUGACCAAGGCAAAUAUAAGGGUCUUCAAAUAGGCACCAGAGAGCUGGAGGAGAUGGGAGCUCAGUUCUGUAUGGCUCUGCUGAGACUGAAGAGGCUGACGGGACUCCGUAAUCACCAGAAUCUGCUGGAUUUGGAGAGCGAUAUCAUUGGGACGCAUACGAAAGCAGUCAGCAGCUGCUCAACUACCUAUGUGUUGGAAGAGGACGAGCCAUCCUUUCUGGAGGCGAUAGACUACAGCGCAGAAAGCGAUGAGGAUGCAGAGGCUGAAAACGAGCUGGCUGGCGAAGUUAACGAGAAUCAGGAUCAGCUGUCGGACUCUGAAACUAAUCACAGAGACCAGUGCUGAGAUGUUCAUCACCACUUUACUUGGCAGUUUUAAUGGAAAGUGAAAGACUGUCUUUGGCUUCUCACUUUUUUUUGGUGAAUAUUGCUUAGUGGCACACCUUAGAUAGAUUCAUGUUUCAGCCCAACAUACCUGAUGCAUUGCUGAAGGUGCACACCCCACCUGCCUUUCUAUUAAGAUACACUUGUAUAAGCAACAGUAAGUUUAAGGAUGGAUCUCAAUGAAUGUCUUCACUUUUUAGCACCAUAUUAUAGCCUUCAUAAACCUCAGACACCAUACAGCCUCUGAGAUUCACAUGUAAAUAAAUCAAGCUGCAAACAGCAGGUACCACCCAUGCUUAACUUAAACACUUGCCCAAAUAGCCGUGGGCUCUGUAGUUUCUUUUUAAACCCCUCUCACUUAUGACAGUGAUUGAUUAAAAAAAAUGCCUCUGAGUAGCAGAGGAAAGCUAUAUCUCCUGCUCUAACCAGAUCAGAGAGAAAUCUGCUUUAUCUAAUAUCACAUCAUCUAUUUAUCUAGAUUGUCCCAGAACAACAAAAAUCUCAUAUGCAACUACACCUAGGCAGACUUGCCACCUUUUCUCACCUGUAACCUCUCCCCCCCCUAGACCACAGUGCAUACACUCAUGUGCUGUUUGCCUUCCUCUUUCCAAACCUAUAUCACAUGAAUGUUCAUGUCUUCACGAAGACAGACCUUGUAUACUAGAUAAAUGCAGAUGUAAACACCACAGGUGUAGUUGGUCUUUCUUGGUCACGUACAGGUGUUAGACAUUUAGAUGGAAUGUAAGCUAUUCACAUGUACUGUCAGUGUUGCUGUUGUUUUAAUAAUAGAUGGUAUUCUAAAGCAGUAACGAGCAAGCAUGAGCCGCAGUGAUCAGAAAACCUUUUUUUGCACUUAAAGAGUAGACGUGAAACAAAGACAAGCAAACUGAAUGAGCGUUUACUCACUUUACACAUCACAAUUACUCACAUCUGAAGUUCUCAGAGCUCAGCCCAAAGCUGAUGGUCACACUGCUGUGAUGGUUAUAAAAGAAUAUACUGGAAUUUGCCUCCUUUUUAUUUUUUCUCCUGUUUGUACAUUUUGUGGAUUUGCUGCCGAGAGUCCCAUGCAGAAAACAGAUGGUGCUGUGUAUCAAGAGUGUGAAAUAGUUUUUUUUUUUUUUUUUUUUACUUCAUGGAAAUGUGCUUCUUUUGCAUUUUUACAGAUGGCGCAUGGCUGGCUUUUUUCUUUUUUGUAAUUUAUUAAGUUUCUAGAAUGCAUCCUGUGUGUUUGUAUAUAAGUAUUUUUCAUUGUGUGAGUGCAAAUAUAUGUGUGCAGGAGAGUUAUUCCAUUAUUCAGCUCAGCUAAUGCUCUUAAAGUGUGUUUCUUCUUUCAAUUUGAUUAUCCACUUUCACUCUCCUUUACUCCUUCCAAUCAUUUUCUUUUUUUCCCAUCUAAACCUUUUUCACUCUUCUUCUUCUUUGUUCUUUUUUUUUUUUUUUGCUCUAUGUCUUUUCAUAUUUUGCUCUUGAGCAUCUUACAAACAUUGGGAGUAUGUGUGUACCUGCGAAUGUGAGCUCAUGUUACAUUAGAGUCGUGUGUGUGUGCUAAUAUAUUUAUGUUUGAAGCUGUUUAUGUUGACACAGUUGUUGGCUAUUUUGCUUUAUUUCUUUUGUAGUAAACAGUCAAAGGUAGCAGUUGCUUUUAAGUUAAAUGUGUGAGAGAAAGUUGAAGUUAAGAGUGAAAGCAUGGGAAAUAAACCCUGAACACAAAA